AACUUCAAUUUAAAAAGACAAAAAAUUACAAAAAGGAGUUUCCCUCCUUUUUGUAAUUUUACAGGAAUUUCAAUUAAAUUUAAUUUGAAAUUACAUUUUUCAGUUUAAUUUACCAUAACAAUGAUAAAUUAUAUAUAUACGUUAUGUCACAAAAAAAAGCUGCAAAAUACCUACUACGAAAAAAGAUAUGAAUGUUUGAAACCUCACUGGCAGAAAUCGUUAAAAAUACACAAAAAAAAUAUCUCGAAAGCUAUGAAAAAUCGCGGAACAUACAUGGGGUAUUUUCGGAUAGCCCCAGGUGUGAGGAAUCGAAAAAAAAUUGUUGACGUCACAAAUUGGACCACCCUGUAUGUAUUUUAGCCGUUACCCUAAUAUCCCAUAACACACGCACACAGUGCUUACUUUGUAUGUGUUUGAAAUAUUUAUUCAUAGGUUGUAGAGUUAUUUUUAGGAGGUUUCCGUACCUCAAAAGGGAAAAAAUGGAACCAUUAUAGGAUCUCUUUGUUGUCCAUCUAUCCGUCCGUCAUCUGUCUGUCAAGAACCUUCAACUCAGGAAUGCAUGGAGGUAUUGAGUUGUUAUAUGGUUUAAAUUUCAAGCAAGUUAAUAUAGUUUUAUUUAUUACAGCUAGAGCGUAAAAAAUAAAAUUUCUAAAGUAACGUAAAAAAAGAUGUUGCCUCUGUACCUAUAAAUUUGUACGGAACCCUUGGUGGCGAGUCCAUCUCUAUUGAUCCGCUUUUUUCUUCUUCUAAAUACUUUGAAAUGAUAAAAUGCAUUAUCAUUUGAAAGUGUUUACUAAUAUUGGAAGCACUCAAAGUCGGAGGAAAUUCUCCUGAACAAAAUAUUGAUUUCAUGAUCUUCCUUUUAUUUAAAAUGCUAUGUUAUUAGGAAAAGAAUACUUACGAUUUACCUCUUCGGCGGUUAUCAUAAAAUACGUCAUGUGUUUUUUUUACAUUUCACCAGUUAGACUCGUUAGAUUGUGGCAGGCGAUUUAAAAAAAUCUGUAAAUGCAGUUCUACUUAUUAUUACAAAUAAAAUGAUGUCUUCUUCGUAAAAUAUCUUUUCUUCAAUAUUUAAUAUAGUUUCUCUCCGUGUAGCAUGCCCAUGGGACGCUCUGUAUAUAUACUGUCUCAAAGAAUUGGGAAUCGUCACAAUGUUUGUAUGUUUAUUAGGAAUCAAAUACGCUUAUUGUUAAACUAUGCAUACUUAAAAUAAUCUGAUUUAAUACAAUAUAUUUGUGAUAGUACAGUUACAUUGAGUCUAUAAAAGAUUAUAAUAUUAACUUAAUUCCAAGUCAAUAUAGUUAUUUACAGCCCAUAUGUAUGUACAUAAAAUUAUCAUCAAUUUUUCGACCUUGAAAUUUCUGGUGGUUUUGCAGAAUUGGGACAUCGAUAAGACCAAAAUAAAAGAGUUACAAAAUAAACUAUCUCAAGCGUCAUUAGAAAUAGAGCAAUCUGCAGAAAUUAUAGAAAAACUCAAACUGGAGAAUAGGAGACUAAAAACUAUUUCUGAAGAAUCUAGCGAGUAUCAAGUUGGUGAUAUUAAAAAUCAAAGUGAUGAAAAUAAAGAAAAACUUAUAAUUAAUAAACUGAAAAGGAAAGUAAAGACUUUAUCAAUAGCACUUCAAGAAGCCGAGGAGAUGAUAGUCAUAAGGGACAAAGAGUUGGCUGAUAUCGGGUCACAGUUGCAACUUAUACAAUCCGAUGAGGGGAUAAGAUCCCUACUAGAAGGUUUAAAAUAUAAGAAACGACUAUUGAAAACCCGGGAUGAAGGUAUUAAAUCCAUGGUGCGCGAAAUAAAUGAACUCAAUCAACUCGUAGAAGAUUUGCAACUAGAAAACGAAUCUGUCAGGAUUAAAUAUAAUGUGCCACGUAAUGAAGUUAUACCAACUAAAGGUAUAUUGAAAAGAUUAUAUGAAUCAGAAGAAAAUUUUAAAAAAAUAAGCAAAGCCUUUAAAAAAAUUGAAAAUAAGGUCACUACAUUAGAACUGGAAAAUCAUGUCUUAAAAAACAAAUCUCGAAAUUUUUUAGAUAUUCUAGUUCAAUUGGACUGUGACAAAGGCAUUAUCGAAAAAAUUGACAAAAUAAUUAAUAGUUCUGACGUUCUACAACCAAGAGAUAACAAAGAACCGAAUAGACGUAUUGGUGCAGUAUCCACAGAUGUCACAUGUGUGAAAACUUGUGAUUGUAAUGCGGAAAUGCAAGCCAUAGCGGAUGAAAAUGAAGGGCUAAGGAAAGGAUUGCAAGAAAUCUUAAACUUUUUGAAAGACAACAGUACUACUUCUUCAGGAGUAUUAACUCUACAGUGUCCCAGUUUAGAUGCUGUUUUACAAUCCAUGGAGGCACGGCAUGCUGCCGGGUGGUUUGCUCCUCAUAUGUCUACUGUUAUGGAGCUAAGAGCAGCACUUGGUGGAAAAGAUGCCCUUUUGACUGCAUUACAUGAAGCUAGAAAGGAAACUUUUGGAGUAAUGACACAACUUUCUAAAGAGACCCAAAAAUCUACAGAACUAGAAAAGAAACUGCAAGAUAUUGAAAAACAACAAGAAUCUGAAAAUAAUAACAUAAAUGAAGAUACUGCUUUUAUGAAUUCGAGCAAUUCGCAAAGAAAAUCAAGCAUUGGCGAAAUCGGUUCUUGGGUGUCAUUUGAAGAUAAUACUAUUGAUUCCUAUACUCAAAAUGAAAUAGAAAAUCAUAUUUUAAAAAGAAAUUCCUCUUAUGAGGAGUAUUUGAAAAAAGGAUUAAAUUACUUUCAUGAAAAGUUUCGAACCUUAUUUGAGAAAAUGACAUCUAUUGUAGUUCAAACAGCGGAUCAACAAAAUCAUUGGUCAAUACAAGAAGAGCAAUAUAAGGCACAAAUUCAAAAUCUAAGGGCACAACUCCAACUAGAAGAGGAAGAAGAUAUCAGCGAGGACUCCCCUGGUCUUAUUGCCCUACCUAAUACAUCCAUUUUAGAUAGAAAAUGCUCUUAUUUGGAAGAAUCAUAUAAGUAUAUCAGAACAUUAAACGAAAAUAUGAAAAAUGAAAUUUUAGAAGGCAAAAAAGAAGGUUUACUCUUGAGGCUGGAAUACGAAACUCAAAUUCAAAAAUGUAUGCUGGUUAUCGCAAAUCUUUUUGAUAAACUUCGUUAUUCAAUAUCAAUUGAAUCAUUUUGGAAACAAAAUGCUAUUUUAAAUGAAACCACUACAAAGUACAGGGAGCUAUUGGAAGAAAACUGCAAAAAAUACGAAAAUAUUGAUCUGAUAAAAUUGCUAGAGCAAAACAAAAGUGAAAUUUUGAAGAUAAUACAAGAUAAUUUACAAAAAGAUAAAAAAGAGGAAGAUAAAUUCAAAAAUUUGCUAUCUACUUUUGAACAAUUUACUAACGAGUAUCAGAACAACAAAAUUGGUGUACAUUUGGAUGAAAAGAUAAAACUUUUAGAAGCUCAAAAUAUUCAUCUUCAAAAAACACAGGCAAAAAUCAUUGAUGAGUCUUUAGCUAAAGAUACUAAAGAAGAAAUCGACCUUUUAAAGAGUCAAUUAAUAAAAUUAGUGUCCGACAACAACUUACUUAAGGAACAAUGUCAACAUAUUGGAAGUCAAUUAGAUGUCGCCUUACUAGAGUUACAAGAUAAUCAACUAAGGCAAUUCAGUCAUGAUAUAGAAAUCAACAUGUUGAGACAUCAAAUACUUGACUUACAAGCAUCAGGAGACAACAAAGCCAUCAUUGCAAGAUUGAGUAGUGAAGUAUUAGUUGCACAUUUACAAACGUCGGAAAAUAAUAAAAAGAUAGAAAGGCUUAGUAUAGCAUUAAACAAAGAGAAACAGUCUAGGAUCGAAGCAGAAGAAAUGCUGGAAGCUCGUCAGAAGAUUUUUGACAUUUAUUCUAUGAGAUAUGAAUCGAAAUUCAGAUAUAUAUACGAAGUAAUGCAAAUACUCAGACAACAAUAUCAUGGAAGCUUACCAAUAGCGUCACUUGAAAACUAUUUGCAUAAAAUGGAAGAUUUAACCAGAAAAACUUAUGCAGCUAAUGAAAAACUGGAACAAAUUGAAAAUUUGCAAUACAAUUUGAUGACGAAACAUUCAGUAUAUGAACAAGUUCUGGAUUUAACCAAAAACAAAUGCAUAGAUGAACAAGAUGGAUGCGCUCAUAAGCUCAAAUAUUUAGUUUUGGAAAGAAUGCGCUCUAGAGAAGAAAGUCACUGUAGCCAAAAACUUGAAGCACUAGAAAAAUCUAGACAGGAUCUCAUACUAUACUGUAAUAAAGUAGAAAAUACCCUUGUUCUAGUGAAUCAGGGCUUCGAGAAACCGGCUUUAAACAAUUCUAUUAAAAAAGAUGUUAAUAACAAAAAUGAAAUUGAUAUAGAAUUACAAGACGUUCAAUCUGACGAUGAAUCUCAAAGUAGACGAAGCCGAACGAUCACUUUAUCGAAACCACAAGCUCUCAACCCCAUUAAUAAAAAACCUACUUUAGAAACCAAUAUAUCUCAAAAGCCAAAAAUAGCAAUACCAACUGAAACGAAGGAGGGAAGUAAAGUCACACAUAAAUUUGUACAAACAGAAUGUGAAAAUAGUCAGAAGUUUAAAAAAAUAUCUAAGUCUAUUCAAACUGCUCCUGAUGACAAAAUAAUUAUACUGGAAGGUCAAGUAAGGCAGCUUAAAUCAGAAAACGAAAACAUUAAUAGUGAUUUAUAUAACGUGAAAAAUUCAGCUUAUCAAAAAGCUCAAGACAUUAUUAAUUUGAACUCACAAAAACUUCGACUUGAAGCACAAAUUCAAAAUAUGAAAGAUUUAAAUAGUGAAAAAGAAAAGUUAAAUAAAAAUUUACGUAAUACUAUUGACGAACUGAAAGAACAAAUCGAAGAACAUAAAAUAUCUGAAAUAACGGAAAAAAAUAAAGUACGAGAUGCUGCUAAUGAAGAGAAUAAAUCAUUGAUUCUUGCUCUCAAACAACUGGAAAGUGACAAAAACAAUAUUGUCGCAGAAUAUAAGAAGUUACUACAAACUGAACGCGAUCAGUAUUCAAAAUCAAUGAAGGAUUUUAAUAGGAAACUUGUAGACCUUCAAUCAAAAUUAGAUAGCAAAGAAAGUGAUACCACCGCUUCUAAAUCAGAUGCCGUCAAAGAAGUUAUCAGUAAAUACACAUUGAAAAUAGAAAAUCUUGAAGAUACUUAUUUUAAAACUAAAAGUGAAUUAGAAAGUAGUAGAACAGAAAUGAUGACGUAUCAAAGUGAAUUGGAGCGCUGGAAAGAGUUGGCUAUUGAAAGACUAGCUAAAAUGGAACAACUGAGUUCCCAACUCGAAGAGCGACAUUGCCAUGAGGUAGAGUCAUACAAAGCGGAAAAUCAACAUUGGCUAUCACAAUUAAAUGAAACGCAACGCGAGCAUUUGGAAUUGCGCACACGGCUAUCUGAGCAAAAAACUCUGCACAUGAAACAGUUGGCGGAUAAAGAUUCAAUCAUUGAACAACUAAGAUCAUCCGUGCAUAAUUUGAAAACACAAAUUUUAAGCAUGCAGACAAUGAUAUCGGUUAAUGAUCCAAGUUUCGAUUUGUCCGCUAUAGUUGAGGUUGAUGAAACCAGUGAUGGUUUAUCUCAGCUUGGCUCAGAGAGGUUGGAAUUAAAGUUUGACUCCGCCGUAGAUAUACAUGAGAUGCAAGAUGACCUCACGAGGAUGCCUGUAACUUCGACUGCUAUUUGGCAAGAACCCGUGCUUGAGCGUUUACGUCGUGAGAAGCAGUUGGCGAGUAAACAGAAUGCAAUAUUGCGACGUCAGAUAAAAGCACUCGCGGCACGGGAGCGGCGCGCACGCCUCGAUGCGCAGAACCUCAAGAACCAAGUGUUUAGGAUAAGCACAUCUGGUAGCAGAGUAGCCACUGCGGAGACCGCAGCACUCCAAAGUAAAAUCGCAUCACUCCAGGCUCAACUAAUUAGUGCAAGACGUGACACACAUUCCUCUAUUACUCUAUGGGAUAAAUGGAAACGGGCACAACAAUCAUCAGAUCGCUGGCAGGCUAGAUACGAGGACAAAUGUCAAGAAGUAAAGAAAAUGGAAUCUAGCAUGAACCUCGCCAAAUCCGCUGUGGUGAGAUUAGAGAAAGAGAAACGAGUACUUCUUGCCAGACUUGCUGACGAGAAACAAGAGAGACAACUUACCAUAGAGAAACAAGAUAUGGAAACUUUAGAGAAAUCAUCUCGUUUAACAGAGACGGAACGAUCUGUCUCGCCGUUGCCUGUACCCGAGCGAGCUCUUCUCGAUAGGGUGCAAGCUCAGCAACGCAGGAUUGCUGCACUAGAAGUUGCUGAAAAGGGCAAUGAAACUCUUAUAUCUGAAUAUGAGAGAGAGCUUGCUGAAAUCACUUCGUUGAAAGGACAGGUGUUGAAAUUGGAAUCAACGUUGUUAGAAUCACAAAUUCGAACACCAAUAAAAACUAAACAAGCUCAGCCAGAGCUGGAAUACUGGAAAAGUUACUGCGAUAUGCUUAAAGAAGAGAACGUGCAGCUGAAUAUAAGAGUAAACGCUUUGGAAACAACACCCACCACCGCCAAUCAGCACCGGGUCAAUGACCUUGAACAGACCGUACUUACACUGAGAGGUCUAGUUGGCAAACUCCAGGCAGAACAAAAGUCUACAGCAAUUCAGAAACGUGGUGAUUCUAGACCUGGCAGUGGUAAAAGCACUUCUGAUAAGGGUCGUAUUAAACAUGUGGACACCUAUCGCAUUGAGAUAGCCAAUCUCAAGCGCAGUAUAGAAGAUAAAGAUCUUCUGCUGGAGAAGUCUAAAGAGAUGUUGAAAAUAGCGGCAGAGAGGGAGGACGAAUUAUUGAGAGAGAAUGUGUUCUUGCGACGUCGUUUAGAAGAACUCACAAGCCCUAAGGCAGGAUUUCUCUCCGCUUGA